AUGCUGAAGCUGGAAAAUAAGCCUGAGAUGCCUAUUGAUCAGACGCUAAGGGCGGACGAUAACAGCGUGUGUGCAGAUUGCAAGUCCACUUGUGUUCUCGGUCUCUCCACGGACUAUACUGUAUUCAUCUAGAUUCAUGUGAAACUGGGUGGUGGAUGGCGAUCGUUGGCUUCUUUGAAGUCUUCAACGGAAGCAGAACUGAGAACCCUUCUCCCUCCUGGCAAAGGCAACCGCCAGGUCAACGAAGAGCUUGAAGCUGAGCUUCCUGUUUUUUAUCGACGUCCUUGGCCCGGUCCCACUUGUCCAGCCUUCUUUCGUGAAGUCUUUGUUUGCUACAAGUACAUUGCACGGGCAUUCAGCAAAGGUGCUGCCGCCAAAGGUCUUCAAGUGGGCUUCUCCAAUAGCGCCAAAAGUGGGCAGCUAUUCAAAAAGUUGCGUGACUCGGCACAAUUCGUUCCUCGUCUCUUUGAGAUCGAUUGUACGACAAAUACCCUUAAGUAUUAUAUAAAGUUGACAAACACCGACCCCAAAGAGUGUAUCGAUGUAGAACGCUGCAACAUGACUUUCGUGGAUUGCGAGGCUUUUGGAGUGCCGUCAAAUACAGCCCUCAUUCAAUUCGUACAGGAUCACUCAACUCGUCAUAUCUUUGUCCGAAGCGAGGAUAGCCGUGAGAUCCUCAACUGGUAUAAUACUCUACGACUGUGCAAGUACCAACGCCUGCGACUGCAUCUCUCGGGAACAGGGCAAAAGGUUUCAAUGGAUGAGAUUGUCUCAUACCUGACCUCAGACCUUGAGAAAGUUGGGUGGUUGUUAAAGGGUGGUCCUGAUGCUAGCUAUACUUUCCGGCGACGUUGGGUAAUGUUGACAAAGCGUUGGCUCCUUUACACUUUAACACCACAGUCGGCCUUCGCCAAAGGCGAGAUAUUCAUCGGAUCUUCAGAAGACGGUUACUCGGUGGAGAGCAAGGCGCCUGAAUCAUGGAAGAAGGUGCCAACUGAUUUCCCGAUCACAUUGAUUACCCCUGAUCGCUCCUUUGUUUUCUGUGCUGCCUCAGAGGAGGAGCGUGAUUAUUGGUUAUGUGGUAUCUCCGCCAUUAUUGAGCGUCCCGUCACUCUCCUUGAGGCUAAGGAGGCGGCUCCUGUUUUCAACAGAAGAAAAUGA